GGCGUCAUUGAAAGUUACUCAAAAGAGAGGUUAAGUUCGGAAAACUUUUAUAAUUUAACGUUAAGUAGGUGAAAAUGAGUGUCUUUCAAGACAAUUCGUUAAAUGUUGAUAACCCCCAAAGCCGGGAGGAGGAUGAAGAGCUCGAAGAACAGCGACGACGUCAAGAAGAAUUAGCUGAUUUAUUAGCAGAUGGGAUUCACGCUUUUAAUUAUGACGACAGUACGAUGAAUUCAUCGGUAACAUCAGUAGAAGCAAAUGAGCCAAAUUAUCAAGGGUCAUUACGGAACAAAAGUGAAUUUAAGUACGAAGGAAGUGGAAAAAGUUUUUUAAACGAUGUUACGGACUCAACUAUUGAACAGUGUUAUAAGGACGCCAGUCAGCAGGAGCAGCUGAAGAUUUUAUACGAUGUUAGAGUCAGGGAAAUUAAUCGCCUUCAAAAAGAUUUCGAAAAAUACAAGGAAGAGAAAGCAAAGGAAAUUGGAGUACUAAAAAACAAAUCGACUCUUGCAGAGGCGGAAAUCCGUCACUUACAAAUCUCGCUAAGCAAUUCUGAAAGCUUAUUAGUUGAAAAAAACGAAAUUAUCAACAAGUUAAAGGAAGAUUUGGCCUUGAAAGAGUCGAAUAUCGACAACUUUAAAAAAAUUCUAGAAGAACAAAACCUAGAAAUAUGCACAUACAAGUCUAUGGUCAACGAGUUGCAAUUGAAGUUGGCUGAUAAUAACCCCUUUAGUACAGGGACACGCAAAUCAAAUUCUGAGGAAUUACAAAAAGCUCACCAGGAUCAGAUCAUCAGUCUGGAAACUUUGUAUCAGGAACAAUCAAAAAAAGCUCAAAUUUUGGAAAAGGAGAAAACACGUUUGGAGGAAGAUUUGAAAAAGUUAAUGAAGAGCAAAACAGAAGUGGAGGAGGAAAAUAACAUGGCCAUUAUGGCGUUAUCCAAAAAACUGCAAAGUGCGCAACAACAAUGUAAAGAUUUGUUUGUCCUGGGCGAAGCUAUAAAAAAAGAAAGUGAUCAUUUUAAAGAGAGAAUGCAACAAAUGGAAGCCAAUAAAUUUGAUAUGGCGGAUGUCUUUCAAACCAAAAAAAUGGACAAAGAAACAAUGGUUGUUCAUAUGGAAAAAUUAAAACGAAUGUUGUUAGACAAAGACAUUGAAAUAAAUACGCUGAAAGCUAAAUUGAAAUUUUAUGACUCUGACCUAAGCGAAUUAUUUGAAUACAGGCAGAUCUUAAGCAAAAUGUAUUCAUGUGAGGUUAAACCAUGCAGUGACAGUGAACAUGAAGAACUGAUAAUUUUCAUGCAAAGGCAACUACAGAGUUACCAACAAGCUGUUGAAGAUCGUAAUAAUCAAAUAAUGAACCUGAAUUCGGUAAACAAGGAACUGCAGGAAAAGAUUGAGGAAAUGAUACAGCAAACAAGAAGUGACAUUCAAAGCUUGUCGCAGAAAUACAGCCUGCCUCAGCUGGAAACAAUGAGCAACGAAUUAAAAAAUGCAGAAGUUACAAUCAACAGUUUAAAACAACAAUUACUGGAAAAUGAGCAAACCCAUAAAUGUGUACAAGAAGAGUUGAAGAGAGCCGAAGAAGAUAAACAAAAACUGUUGGCUCAGUUAGAUGAGUUCAGGAAAAUAACUGACGAGAACGACAAAGUCAAGACCCAGAUUCAGAAAAUUUGUCUCAAGCUGGGACUUUCCGAAACCGAUUUACUCGAGUCUGACGUUGAUGUUCACGAAGUUAAUUCAGUAAAGUCCAAAUAUGGGCAAGUUCACGAACAGUUGCAGCACAUUCUUGCCCAUCUGGAAGCCACAAGUCCCAGAAGGACAAAUUUUGGAAUUAUUCACAAGAUGAAGAAAGACGUGCAAAAUUUUCUCAAUUCGUUCCACGUCGAUAAACUCGAAGCUAAACAAAUCCGAGAAAAACUGGAACUUUGGGACAACAUGUUGAGCGAUUUUAUUGAGAGUUUCACACACGGUGUGAAAAAUUCCGAAUUGAAAGACACUGUUGAUGACCUUACAAACGCCAAAACUAUGUUAGAGGGUGAAAAAUUUGCCCUAGACUAUGAGCUGAGGCGCUGCACUAAUGAAAUUGCCGAAAUGAAAAAGGAAAUUGCUGCUUUGACUGAAAACAGGAACAAUUUGUUGAAAGAAUCGGUAGAUAAUGGGCACACUAUUCAAAAAUUGAAAGACGAAAUUCUCAAUUAUAAAAAAUGUAUUAAAGUGAUGGAACAAAAUAAAUUAGAGAUUGAAAAACAACUGGAAAACACUCAGAAGCAGCUGAAUGAUGCAAAACAGGAGACCAUAGACUUGCAAAAGACAGUCAAUGGAGUAAAUGAAGAUGUGGUGCGGAAAAAGUUAUUCAAAGAGUUGUCAGACGUUGAAAGUGGUUUGGAACAAGAUAAAAGAAACAGCGAUAUUGUGACCAGCGACGUGUUUCAAAAAUGUUUGCAAGCACAGCUCUUGAAAACCGAAUUGUUGUUGCGUGAUCGGUUGCAAGAAGAAAAUUCAAAGAAAAUGGAAAAAAUCGAAGAGGAAUACAAGAAAGUCAUUCAACAGCGGUCCGAUUUGUAUCACAAGGAGAAGGAAAAGUGGAAGAUUCAGGAAGCAAAUUAUCGCAAACAGUUUGCUGCAGUUUUGGAGGAAUGUGGGCGUAAGAUGGAAACUUUAGAAAAGGAAAACAUUGAGUUAGCCAAGCGCUUGCACAUCCUCAUCCAGGAGUGCAAAACGUAUAAAAGUAGCAACAUCGCGGUUCUGGACAAGUAUAACAAACUGGCCACGAACCAUAAAAAAGCUUUUGAGGAUUUAAACAAGCGAUGGGCGUCCCUUUUGGAAGCGUAUAUGUAUAAUGCAACAAAAAUUGAAAAGCAGACCAACAAGAACGUGAAAAAUGUCCUGAAAAAAAUGGUUUUAAAUGACCGAGAGAUUCAAUUAAUAGAAAAUAUUUAUAAGGAAAAGAUGAAGAAAAUAGUUGCUGAGAGGCAUAGCAAAUCCUGAAAGCUUCAUCUUCAUUUUCAAUAUUCUACAUGUUUUAAUUACAAUUUGUAUUUUGAACAGUUAAGAAAUAAAGAAAUAUAUCUUU